GUCUGCGAGGGCAUGUGGAGGCCGGGCCGCGCCGGGGCCGGGACUACAGUUCCCGUCGGCCUUUGGGGCCGCCCCGGGGCGGGGCUCCGGGGGCGGAGGGGCUCUUUCACACCGGGGCAGCUCUUCAAGGCCACUCGCCGCGGCGGAGAGCGCGACCCGUCCCCUCCGUCGCCCGUUCCCUGCGGAGGCCGCGGUGCUCCGGCCCUACCCGCUUCCGGCUCGAGGGGGCGGGCCGAGCCUCAAGGAGGGCAGCGCCGAUUGGCUGGGAGAGGGACCCCUCUUCCCACCAGCCAAUAGGCGCGCGGAACACUGCGCCGCGUGUGAAGCCCGCCAGCGGCAAAAAGGAAGUACUGGUGUAUUUUCUUCAGCUGUCCUGCAGGCCUGUGUUCCUGACUGCUGCCCUUGGGUGCAAAGUAGCGUGGUUCUUCUUCGUGGGGGACAGUGAGAGCAGUAGGUGCCUGAUUCCUAGCACAAUGUUCCUGGUUGGACUCUCGGGUGGAAUCGCGUCGGGGAAGAGCACGGUGGUGGCCGUGCUCCGGGAACUGGGCUGUGCCGUGAUUGAUGCCGAUGUUAUUGCCAGAGAGGUGGUGCAGCCCCACUUCAAGGCCUAUCGGCAGAUAGUGCAUUACUUUGGCACCGAGAUCCUCUUGGAGAACGGAGAGAUAAAUCGUGAGGCUCUAGGAAACAUUAUCUUCUCCCAUCCGGAGAAGCGGCAGCUGCUGAACUCCAUCACCCACCCAGAGAUCCAGAAGGAGAUGCUGAAGCAGAUCUUGAAGUACUUUGUGCUAGGCUAUCGCUAUGUGAUCCUUGACAUCCCUCUGCUCUUUGAGACCAACAGAUUGACCAAGUUUAUGAAAUACACGGUGUUGGUUUAUUGUGACCUGCUGACACAGACGUCUCGGCUGAUGAAGAGGAACGGGCUGUCCCAGGCGGAGGCAGAAGCUCGCAUCGCCUCCCAGCUGCCGCUGGACGAGAAGCGCAAAUUAGCGAGUCACGUCAUUGACAACUCCGGGGACUGGGGGAGCACGCGCCGGCAGGUCCUGAGGCUGCACGCCCGCCUGGAGAAUUCCCUGGAUUUCCUCUGGGCACGGCUGGCGGCGGGCACGGUUGUAGUCGGGCUUGGAGGGCUGCUGUACCUCCUCCUCCAGCAUUUCAUCUCUUAAUUCACCUUUUCUUUUUGUCACAGAAGGGGCCUGAAUUUCCAGGUUUGAAAAGGGCAGCGAAAGGCCACCUCUUUUAAUGAGCUUUGCCAGCUGAAUGCAGACAGUGGGAUGAAGCAUCUCCUUGCAGACUUCCCAAGGUGAUUGUAGGGGUUUUUUUUCCGGCACCAUCUCCCCUCUCCUUUCUUCCUGCUCAGGUUCUUACCCACCAGCUGUGCCUGUGGGAUGGGACUGCUCCCCUUGUGUGGCUGUGGCCCGUGGAGGGGACGAGGCCCCUGUGCCCCUCUGCGUCUGUAUGGUGGGACUUUGGUGAAUUUAGGCACUUUAAUGUCUUGCUGGACAAUCUCUUCACUGGGGGAGUAGGUGACCUCUCAAGUCCUAUAUUGCUAGCAGGUUGAUCCCCUCCUAGCUUGCAGCCCUGGCUAAUCUGAAUUUAGCCAUGGGAUUUCCCAUUCUUUCACGCUGAUUUAAUGGAAACGUGUUAAAUCUGCCUGGCUGGAGACAGGCAGCACCUCAUUUCACAUGGCUUAGGUGUUCAGCUGGCUGCUCGCCCUCCCUCCUGCCCUCCAUUUCUGCAGUCACCACUUGUGGGUCACCCUUGGCUUUGGAUCUGAGGGUCUGAUCCAUCCCCAGAGCAGGCUGAGACCUAGGACCUGCCUCGCUGAAACUCAUUUACUGCUGUUUGAGUUUUCCUUUGGCAGCAGUUUCCCUGCGGGAGAGCCCGAGUUGGGGUGAAGCGGGUGCUGGCUCCUCACGUUUGUUUUAAUAAAGUGCUAAGCAGCAGCCGGCUCCCCGCGGCUCUGCAACCUGCAGGCUGCGAACGCUGCUCUUUCCUGCCCCGCU